AUGGCCGACGAUCGAUACGGCUACGAGGAAAAUCCCCAGCCAUACGACCCCCCCAGAAAACGAAAGGCAGACAACACAGAAGAACUUCCGCAACCUUACAACGCGAAGGAGCUACAGCCCGCUAAACGCCGAGCCAUGUCGCCAAACGAGCACCAACCCCGCAAGCAGAAGCGCCCUGGCGCGCGCGCGCGCAUCUCCGAAGCCGAGCGAGAGGCCAUCCGCCAGCGAGCCCUCGACAGAGAUCGCGCUCUCGAAGCUGCCGCCUCUGCUGCACCUCUCGAACCCCGUCAACGAGGCAUCAACGAUGUCGUGACACAGCAUUACAACAGCGUCCCCGAACGAGGGCGCGAUUGGAGGAGGACCGACAGUAAGAUCAAGGGCCUCCGAUCUUUCAACAAUUGGGUCAAGAGCUGCAUCAUUCAGAAGUUCUCGCCUGACGAGGACUAUACUCCUGCAUCCCGCGAACAAGGGCGCUCGGGCGGCCACGAGCUGCUCGUUCUCGACAUUGGUUGCGGCAAAGGCGGCGACUUGGGCAAGUGGCAACAGGCACCUCAGCCCGUGCAGCUCUACGUUGGUCUUGACCCCGCCGAUGUCAGUAUCGACCAGGCGAGGGAGCGCUAUCGUCAGAUGAGCAGUCGUGGCGGAGGCGGACGUGGUGGCAGGGGUGGCCAUAGGCGGCCCCCUCCCCGCAUCUUCGACUGCCAGUUCCAUGUCAAAGACUGCUACGGCGAAUCCAUUGAGGACAUUGACGUCGUCCGCCAGGUCGGUUUCGAACCCGGCCCGAUCAACCGUCGCGGCUUCGACGUCGUGAGCAUGAUGUUCUGCAUGCACUACGCCUUUGAAAGUGAGGAGAAGGCUCGAACGAUGCUACGCAACGUAGCCGGAGCGCUGAAGAAGGGAGGCCGUCUCGUUGGAUGCAUUCCCAACUCGGACGUUCUGGGGGAGCAUGUACGGAAAUUCAACGAACGAAUGAAGGAGAAGAAGAGGCUGAAGGAAGAGAACCCCGAGCCACCCGCCGAGGCCGAGGACGGUGAAUUGGAGGAGGGUGAGGCUGAGGAGACCGCCGAAUGGGGCAACAGUAUCUACCGUGUCCGAUUUCCCGGCAAGACCCCCGAAGACGGUAUUUUCCGUCCUGCGUUCGGCUGGAAGUACAACUUCUUCCUCGACGAAGCCGUGGAGGAGGUUCCCGAGUACGUCGUGCCGUGGGAGGCGUUCCGUGCUCUGGCCGAAGAUUUCAACCUCGAGCUGCAGUACCAGAAAAACUUCAUGGAUGUCUGGAACAGUGAGAAGGAUGACCCCACGCUCGGUCCAUUGAGUGAGAGGAUGGGUGUGAGGGAGCGCGGCGGCGGUGACCUCCUGGUUUCGCCAGACGAGCAGGAAGCUGCGAGCUUCUAUAUUGCCUUCUGCUUCUACAAGGUCUAG